UAUUAAAUGAUGAUAGGGGAAGCUUUCAGGGUUAAUGUGAGCUAUGUUUCCAUGAUCUCUCUGCAUGCAUGAAAAUGGAAGAGUUUGGGGCAAAGAAGAAUGAGGAUCAAACUUUGGAAACAGAUUUUGCAGAGAGACCAAUGUGGCUGAUGAAAUGCCCUUCUCUCAUCGCUUCUGCUCUCCAAUCUCUUCCUUCUACGGAUGAUUCAUACCUUCCCGUCGCCAAAGUCAUCCUCUCCUUCGAUCCUCUCGCUGCCGUCGACGAAGAAGAAACCAAAUUCGUAAUGGAAUUAGCUAGGGCUGGAUCUGGAAACAUUCCAAAACGUUUUGGCUUGGAUAUGUCUAAGGAUUUCAUUCCCAUGUCUGUUUUCUCUGAGUCUUCUUCACAAGGGAAAAUGUCAGUAGAAGGGAAGAUUAAAAACAAAUUUCACAUGAGUCCUCGUACCGAAAACAUGGAGAGCUAUGGCAAACUUUGCCGUGAAAGGGCUACCAAGUCUAUGUGCAAAAACAAACAGAUCCAGGUCAUUGAUAAUGCCACUGGAAUGUAUAUGUGGCCAACACCGGGAACUGUAGCUCCCACGGGAACUUUUGAAAAGAAGAAAGUGACAACCAAGACAACAGAAAUGAAGAGAACAAGAAGGGAUCGAAGAGAGAUGGAAGAGGUCAUGUUUAAUCUCUUUGAAAGACAAUCUCACUGGACUCUGAGGAACCUCAUUCAAGAUACAGACCAACCAGAGCAAUUCUUGAAAGAUUUGCUUAGAGAUCUUUGCAUUUACAACAACAAAGGGAGCAACCAAGGAACUUAUGAGCUGAAGCCUGAGUACAAGAGAUCCACACAAGAAUAAGUUGUAUAUGGUCAAAAGGGUUUGUUCAGGUUUUGGUUAACUUAACAAAUUUCAUUUCAAGUAAAGGCACAACCUGAUAACUUUCUAAAACAUUUCUCAUAAAUUUGAUUUCAACUUUCACAAAAUGUAAAAACAAA